AUUAAUUACAAACUUAGCACUAAAACAACCUCAAAGAGUCUUUAAAUGCGAUUUAUUAGAGAAAAUUAAAAAUUCGUUGAAUCAUUCACCUCCAAUGCAAAAACUCGACUUAGUGCGCAAGUGUGAAUGCUUCGUAAGCGCUAGAGUCAAAUUUCUUUUAAUUUUUGAUAAAAAACUUGUUCCACUUCCUGAUUUGUUUGUAUAUCUAUAAUUUCUAUAACACGUUGCUUUGCUCAUUGAAUGUAUUCCACAAAACUAUCGACAGUAUAAAAAAUGUAAUCAUUAAAACAAGAAUAUACCUACUUAUCGUGUGAAAAAUGCGAGGUCUACAAGAAAUAGUAACCGGACACCGAUAAAAAAACCGAGUGUACAUUCAGAUAGAUUCACAUUUUGGCGGUGUUUUUAUUUUUGUUGAUGGUCCUUCUAACAUAUAAUUUAAUUACAUAUUAUAAAAAACGAUGGAUAGUUCGAUUGAAGAAAAACAUUUUGAAACGUUAGAUGAGUACAUAAAAGAUGAUGACAAAAUCGUUACAGUUCCUUCCUUAUCCAGAAUUUUAAAUAUUCCUAUAGUCGAUUCACAACAUAUACUGUCAGAAUAUGUGAAAAAACAACGAAAUAUUAAAUCCGACGAACUCUCUCUCACAUAUGUUUUAACGGGAACAAUUAAAGAUAAUGGAAAGGCAGUGAUUAUAGUUAAGGAAUCUGAUUUAGCGACAAAAAGGACCUCGUUCGAUAAAGUUGAAAGUGAAGUGUUAUUUAGUGUACAAAAAUGCAAAAAAAUUGAUUUUAAUGUAUUGUCGUUGGUUGAUGAUGUGACUGUAGCCAAAAGAGAACCAUUGCUUGGUUCUAUUGUAAGUAAAAACUGUAUAAAACGUGCUCUCAAGAUAAAAAAACUACCGCCUCCUCAACCAACUACAGUCAAGGGAAAAUCUUCACAUUUCUUAUCUAAAGGUUCUCCAGUGAAACCAGAGAAAUCUGCAGUAAAAUCUGAGGAUAAGUCCAAAGGAAAUGGUAUUUUAAAUAUGUUUGAUAAAGCAGCUCCACCGGCGGGUAAAUCUACAUCAGAGAAAAAGCCCCUGAUUGAAUGUACAAAAAUUAAACAAAAAAAUGGUAUAUCUGCCUUUUUUUCUAAAAGUACCUCAACUAGCAAUUCAAGUAUAAAAAGCGAGACCAGCAUUAAGACAGAAAACUCCACAAGUAAUGAUGACCAACCUCAUGGAUUAGAAGAAUUAAUGGAAGUUGAUUUUAAAGAACUUGAUGAAGAGGAGAAUAAAAUCAAAGCAAAUGAGAAAGAUGUGGGAAUAGAUAGUACUAUCAUAGAAAAUGAUGUUAAAAAAGAAAAGAAGAAAGAAUCAAAGAAACAUGAAGUUAAAGAGAAGAAAACAAAAAAUAAGAGGAGAAGAGAUAACAGCGAAGAAAAAAAUCUUAAAAAAAGAAAACGGAUAAUACAAAGAAAUGAUUCAGAAAGUGAUGAUAUGUUUGAGAAUGACGAGGAAGAUGUAAUUGAAAAAUCUGAUGAUGAAAUAGAAAGAGCUCCUUCACCAGUAAAACCUUUGGCGCCCAAAAACAAAAUUAGAAAAGCAGUCGAUAAAACAUACAUGGAUGAUGAAGGCUUCUUAGUGACAAAAACUGAAUAUGUUUUCGAAUCGGCCCCGGAGGAUGACGACGAGGUUCCAAUAAAAAAAGAAACGACUGCAAAACCAAAAUUUGAGAAGAAAACAAGUGCUUCCUCGGAAACGGAUGUUUCUCCUACUAAAAACUCCAAAGGCAAAAAAGGAAAGAAGAACAAUUCGCAGAACCAACCAACAUUAAUGAAUUUUUUCAAGAAAAAGUGAAAAUUUAAUAAAAGAGUUUGAAAUAUAUAUUAAUACUUGUA